AUGUUUUUUCAAGGAGAUUUACGUUUUGCUGUUCUCUACUACAAUGAUUGUAUGUAUUUAGCUCAUGAAUGUUUAACAUUAGGUGAACGUGGUCUUUAUAAAUUUGUUCAACAGUUUUUAGACUUAGGCUAUGAUAUCAUGACUAAUACAUUGAACAAUACCACUGUUACAUCAAAUGAAUCAAAUACAUUCAAUAAUUUGAGUAUAUUAGAAAGAUCAGCUUCUUUAAGCACAUGUAUUUUGGUACCACAUUUACGUCAAUCUGGUGUUAAUAAUUUAUUAGAUCAUUUAAGACGUGAACGACAAUUUUUAUUACGAUGUGUUGAAAGGAUUCAAGGAUUUCAUAAUGUCAGUUCCUCGAUUGGUAAUCGUCAUUGUACUACAGCUAUAGAAGAUUGUUGUCAUCAUUUGCAUAAAAUUUCAGAAGCACUCAGUCCACUUCCUCGUACAGUUUAUUUUCGUGCUAUGGGGAUCAUGUGUAAUUGUGUUUGUACGGAAUUAGUAAAAACUAUCUUGAAAUUAAUCGAUAUUACGAAAUCAGAUUGUGAUAACAUUCUGAUGUUGUUGGAGUCUGUCAAAAACACUUACACAGUGCGUUGGGAAUUGAAAACAGAUAUAAUGAAUAGCAAUAAUAUUAAUGAACGGCAACUGAAAAGGCAAGUCCAUGAAUGUUGGUUGGAGUUUGGUGGUCGACAGCUCAUGCUCCUCGAGGUUUAACAGGUGUACGUAAGUAGUUACACAGGAAGAUGAAGGGUUGGCAAAACUUGGUGUCCCAGCUGAAUAACUCACAAUAGUGCUAAGGUCAUACUGUGGUGCGUGCUACUUAUAUUGACAUAAGUAGUAUAUAACGCGAUUCAGGAAUGUAAUGUCUGGCAGCAGAAGAUUGAGAUGAUCAAGAAAGGAAGGACGGAGAUGGAAAGCAAUUAGUAUAGAAAUUUAAGAACAAUGAAGUCCAAGACAAUUAUUGAACAUUCUGCAAAUUAAGUAUUAUAGUAUGGUUUUUCUAUUUUACCAAGUAACUCUGUAAUGUGCUGAAUAUAAUUUGGUUGUCCUCACCUGUGUUCUCCUUCACUACAAUACGAAUAGUCAAGUGAGAAUGAAACACUAGCGGUUAAUAUUACUAACAUAACUAUAACAUUCUAAACAAAAAAAAACACUAAUCCUGUAAUCUCUUUAGCAUCGGAUUACUGAUGGUGUAGUUUUUUCCUUUUAUCGUUUUGACCCAAUUUUCCUUUGUUUUUUUUUGCUCCCUCUUUCUCGCCCUGUUUAUAUAAUCGAUCGGUUAGUGUGUCCUCAUAUUGUUAUUUAUUUAUUUUUCUCUUCAUAAAUAAAUAAAAUGAUAAUAAUAUUCAUUCCUUCCAAUUCAUUUUGAAUACUUCUCUUCAUGCAUAGGUUGAAGUUUUAUAGAUUAUAACAAACUAUACAAAUAACCUUGAACUACUUUUCAAAACUAAUACGUGUAAAUUCUGUUUUGUUUUGGUUAUGUGAUUUAUCAAUAAGAAUCUAAUACAAUUAGAAUGGAUAAACAGUUUCAUUAAUGAAUAAUGGAUGUUUUUUCUAUUCUAAAUCAUGAAAGACUUUCAUCAUAGAUGAUUCUAUCAGCUGUAAUAAUUUGUGUAAUCAUUUCAAUGAAUUUCACUCUGAAAUCUGAUUGGUUCAUUCGUGUGUUUUAUUUUUACCGCCCAAUAUUUUCAUAAUUCAAUGAAUCAAGUUUUGUUCACUUCAUCCAAUGAUGUUUUUCGUUCAUUAUUAUUAUUACUACUAUACUGUAACCUUAAGGUAUUUACGCUGGUCAAUCAAUAUUUUGCUUGUUCGAACACACACCUCUCUCCCAUUUAAGGAAGGGAAUUUUCUUGUGACCUGAUAAUUCCUUAUGUCAGUAGAAUAGGCGGGAAGUUAAUUUGAAAUAAACUAUGUAUCUUCGUUGUUAUUCAAAAAAAGUGGGGGGUGGGUGAUUGGGUGGUUGAAAAACCCAGUUAGAUAUCAACAUUUUAUGAAUGUAUUUUGGUGUUUGAUUCCAAGUUAUUAUUUAACAAUAAAGAAAGUGUUUUAGUAAAUGUGUUGACGAUAAUAUGAAAAGUUGAGGCGGAAUUGGGGAAUUUGUUAGUAUAUUACUUGAAAAUUACUCUGAAUAGCUGCUGUUUUCUGAAUUGGCCUUGUAUCGUUCGAGAAUUUGUGGUAGACUGACAAAUCCCUGUCUGACAAAAGUAUUCGUAACACAAUAGCUCUAUGUAAUAAACUGGCCCUCUCUCCACUUUUGCAACCCAGUCCUGUUGUCAAGAAACAAUGCACAGCGUAGCAGCCGUUGGGAUAACAUUCGUAAAACAUGUCCAAGCUACUGAUGUCGGUGUUUCCUGUUGAUGGUACCAGUAGAGUUGUCAUCACUGCGCUUGGACACGUAUUCUUGAACCUCAACGUGGUGUUCCCCCUGGAUAUCAGCAAUCCUUUGAAGAACCUUUUCUAACCUCCUUCCUUAGUGAGUGGGCAGCGUCGCUUAAGAUUCUGGUCGUUUAACGCAAACAUUGUUAUACCCCAAACACAGUUACCAGUAUGACUUUAAUCUAGAAUCUCUUACUUUUUGUUUCGUCGCUUCCCAAUCCACCUACGUUGAAUGGUAGGACCUAAAUUAACAAAUUUUUCAGUGAUUAUAGCUCAAUUCAGUUAUCAAAAGCCUUGAUCACGACGUCAAGUUAACAGCUACGAUUGAACUUGACUAACCUAAAAAAUUAUUCUUCCCUUUUUGAGAUUUUCUCAAUGUCCACAAACAAGAGACUCUAUUGAUCUUAUUAUUGUUUGAUUAUUAUUGGUUGAUGUUAGUUUCGAAUUUUUAAUGAUGAGUUUAUCAUUUGCUGCUUUUUAAGCAUCCAUCAGUUCGCAGAAGUUUUAUGUUAAUCGAUUCCAUAAAGUUUCAUGUAAGCUUAUUCAUAUAUGAUUACUCGUUAGUUGCUACUAAUAUUGAACUGAGUCAUGUAAGUAGCUGCAGACUAUCUUGCUGAGAUCCAAGUGACUAUCGAAAUCAGUGGUUGUUAACUUUGGGUAAUAUGGCUUAAAAUCGUUCGCAAUAGCGUACGGUUAUUCACUCUUUGUCUUUGUCAUAUUUUCUUUUCAAGUCCUAUCGUCGAUGCCUGAUCUUUUUCAUUUCUACUACUACUAUUACUAUAUCCUACUAUUCUGGGCAUUUUCCUGACAAUCUCAUUUCGCUGUGUUAAUAAGCUCUGGUAGUUUGAACUGAUGUACACAUGUUCCGUGUUCUUUAUUGUGUAUGACCGACUAUUACCAUUACAUAGUUACGUAAAUGAAUAAACCCCAACCCAAACUUUGCUGUUUCACAGUUCACAUAUAGUUAGCUAAAUCAUUCGAUCCUAUAUUGUGUACACUAGGUGUUUUCUCGUGUACAUAAAAAUAACUAGUAAGGUUAUUGUUCCUCGUUUUUAUUGUUGGAACCGUUAGGAAUUUAAUAAAUUUUUACCUAAUUUUCUAUCUUAUUAAUUAGAUCGUGGAAUUGUUCAAACCUUCU